AGCUUCUUUUAAUGCUCAAAUUUUGGGUCCAUUUUGAGGCCGUUUUGUUUGCCUCAUGCGACACAGCCUCGGGCCGUUGAUGUCUCCGGUGUUGUUGAUGUUAAUACUGGCAGCGGGUUUGGCCACCGCACAACCAUCAUACUAUGAUGCAGGUGUCUCUGCAUGUGUACCUGGAGCCGGUUAUGACCAUUUCCCGUUUUGCAACACAUCCAUGCCUCUUGCGGAUCGUGUGCACGAUUUGAUUUCCCGCAUUCCAGAUGGUGUCAAGCCCAACUUGUUGACAGCUCGGGGGCACUUGAAGAGUCGAGGGAGACAAGCUUUGCCAGAGCUUGGAGUGCCCUCCUACUAUUGGGGGACUAAUUGCAUCCAUUCAUCCAUGUCGGCCAACUGCACCAAAGAUGGCCGAUGUUCUACUUCUUUUCCGUCUGGUCCCUCCUGGUCCGCUACCUUCGACCGCAAUGUCAUGCGUAGCAUGGCGGCCGUGGUGGGUAGGGAAACCCGCGCCUUCUUUAACCUUGGCAACUUCACGGACAAUGGACGGAAUGGCAUGGGUCUAGACUGUUGGGGUCCCGUGGCGAACAUCAAUCGAGAUCCACGCUGGGGACGCCACGGCGAAGGAGGGACUGAAGAUCCAUUUCUGAUGGGUCAGCUGGGAGUGGCGUGGACCAAAGGCCUCCAAGAGGGUGAAGAUCAACGCUACAUUCAGGUGGCAGUGACCAUCAAACACUUUGAUGCGAAUUCCUUGGAAGGUGGUGCUGCAGCGGAUCAAGGCUACGACCGGCAUAAUUUCAGCGCAAACAUCUCCAAGUACUUGCUUGCUGACUACUACUGGCCAGCCUUCAGGGCUUCCAUCAAGCUUGGCAAGGCUAAGGGCGUGAUGUGCAGCUACAACUCGGUUAAUGGAAUCCCGGUCUGCUUGGAUCCCUUGAUGAAAGCCGCUCGCGCCGCCUGGGGCUUCGACGGCUAUGUCACCAGCGACUCCGAUGCGGUCAGCGAUGCCUGGCGACGGCAUCACUAUGUGAAGUCGGCUGCGGAGGCCAGCUGUUUGGCACUGAAGCAUGGGCAAUGCGACAUUGACAGCGGCAACACCUACUAUGAUCAUCUUUUGGAAGGAGUGAAAGCAGGCCAUUGUUCCAUGGAAGACAUUAAUCGUGCACUGUUCAACACCUUGCGGCUCCGCUUUGAGCUGGGGCUCUUUGAUCCCAUCAAGGACCAGCCUUACUGGAUGCUGGGCCAAGGUGACAUUGGAACUGAUGAAGCCAAGGAGCUCAAUCUCAUUGCAGCGCUUGAAUCGCUGGUGUUGAUCAGCAACCCUGGAAUUUUGCCGCUCAAAGCAGGGCAGCGAUUGGCAGUCUUGGGACCCCAUGGCAAUGCCUCCAUGGAUUUGAUCCAAGUGGACACCGGCGUCGUGUGCCCUCCAAGUCCUUCUGCACAUGCAGGGGAAUGGCAGGCGGAGGCGGCCGAUGCUGGGCAGUUCUACUGCGUGAGGACACCAUACCAAGCCAUUCAGGAGACAAAUGGCAAAAAUGGGACGACCACCUAUGUCAGGGGCUGCGAUUUGUCCGAUGAACUUCCAGGAGGCUUCCAGCAAGCAUUGGCAGCAGCCAAGCUUGCGGACGUGGUCAUUCUGGGGCUUGGUAUAUCUGAACGCGAAACGCUGGACCCAAAGUUCAUGGAGAGAGAAGCGCACGACCGGGAUCGUAUAGACCUGCCUCCUGUGCAGCAGCAACUGGCCAAUUAUAUUAUUGCCUUGGGCAAACCCACUGUGAUAUUUCUGCUGAAUGGUGGCAUGGUGGCAGUGGAAGAUUUCAUGAACAAGAAGAAUGUGGCUUUGAUUGAGGCCGCGUUGAUUCGACCCAGCAUGCACCCUGUAAUCGCUCAUCAGACUAUAACAUAUCAUAUACGAUCAAUGUCGCUACAAUUCUACCGCUGCUGCUGCUUGGAUUGGGGGGUUGGUGACCUAUAUAAGUAUUCGCAUCCCGGACUGGAUUCAGAGGGAUCCUUUUGGCCCCGGGGGUCUUGGCCGGAGGCUUUCUAUCCUGGCAUGGAGGGUGCUAACGCCCUUGCGCAGUCCAUCUUCGGGAUAGCGAAUCGCUGGGGACGGAUGCCUUACACGGUGUACCACUCUAACUGGACGAAGCACAACUCCAUGCUGGACCAUGAUGUGACACAUCAGCGCACCUACAGAUACGGAGCGGAUGCAGUGGUACCGUUUGGUUUUGGUUUGUCCCUCAGCACCUUUCGUUUGGCCUUUGCUUCCGCACCUACCGCGACCUUGCCCUUAGCCUAUGGGAGCGAUGGGGCGGUGUUAGAGACGGUUGAGGUGGAGAUUCGCAACUUGGGGCCACUGGUAGGUGACGAAGUGGUCAUGGCCUACUUCCACCCCAAGAAGGUGGGCCUAACGAUGUACCCGACGAAGUCCCUCUUUGAUUUUCAACGGGUCAAGAAUCUCCAGCCUGCAGCGCGGAUAACGAUCUCCUUUACAAUCACUGAGAAUAGCAUUCUGCUGGCAACUCCCGGUGGUGAUCUGGUUAGAGCUCCUGGUGACUAUGUGCUAACAUUUGAGAACGGCGCAGGGGAGAUUUUGUCGAAGGAUCUCACCAUUCAUGGUGAGCAGGUUGUAGUUGAGCCCUUUCCUGGCAAAGUGUCUUCGGAGAUCUUUGUAUAAAGACGUGUCCAGAGAUGUCCAGAUGAUUGGCGCAAGAUUGACAUUUGACUUGCUCCAUGAUACUCUCGAGAAAAGUGCGAGGUGGCAAUGCAGAGCGGUGAGCAAAUUUUCUCGUCCAUGGUUUGCGCGCUGUUUAGGGCCAGCUCAGGGCACGGGCAAGGUUUGUGUCAGAUUUUUCCUGGUUCUAUCCAUCAGGAGUGUGCUGAAGAAUAUUGACAGCCCAGAAAUAUGAGCCCACACCGUUUGCGCAGAACAAUGAGGGUGCCCUUAGUUUUUGUCUUUUCGGGCAAAUCACAUUCUAUGUGACGCGCAUUUGUGAC